GCCUGAAGCGGACUGUUGUUAUUUAUUUCUUUGUUUCAUGUGAAGAAAACAACAACAGUGGCGGAGGAUCGAAGCAGCGACGACGACGCGAGGAUGAGCGCAUGACGCCCCCAGCCUCCAGCCGCCGUCACCGCACCGACAGCUCCAGCGAAUCUCCGGGGGGAGGAUGAAGCGGCGCAAUGCGGACUGCAGCAAACUCCGACGGCCGUUGAAACGGAACCGAAUCACGGAGGGUUUAUAUAGCAGCACCUUCCUGUACCUGAAGUUCCUUGUGGUGUGGGUUCUGGUUCUGCUGGCCGACUUUGUGCUGGAGUUCAGGUUCGAGUACCUGUGGCCCUUCUGGCUUUUCAUUCGCAGCGUCUACGACUCCUUCAGAUAUCAGGGACUGGCGUUCUCUGUCUUCUUCGUAUGUGUGGCGUUCACAUCGGACAUCAUCUGCCUCCUUUUCAUCCCCGUCCAAUGGUUGUUUUUUGCCGCCAGCACCUACGUAUGGGUCCAGUAUGUCUGGCACACGGAGAGAGGAGUCUGUCUACCCACUGUAUCGCUGUGGAUUCUGUUUGUGUACAUCGAAGCUGCCAUACGUUUCAAAGAUCUGAAGAACUUUCAUGUAGACCUGUGUAGACCCUUUGCUGCGCACUGUAUCGGCUAUCCAGUGGUGACGCUGGGCUUCGGGUUUAAGAGCUACGUUAGCUACAAGAUGCGACUGAGGAAACAGAAGGAAGUGCAAAAGGAGAACGAGUUCUACAUGCAGCUUCUACAGCAGGCUUUGCCUUUAGAGCAACAGAUGCUGCAGAGACAAGAGAGGGAGGCAGAGGAGGCUGCUUUAGCUAAAGGGAUCUCAGAGGUGGAACCGCCAGUAAUAUCCCAAAACGGAGCUCCACCUGGAAAGAAGAGCACAUCUGUCCCGUUACCAGAACUGGAGUACAGGGAAAAAGGAAAGGACAGUACUGCCAAAGAGCGCGAGGGCAAAAAAACUAACUCUGUUGGAGUCAAUAACAACAGUAUUAUACACACACUGGACUCCAAACUACAGGAGACAGAGUAUAUUGAGAACUGCGUCGGGGCAAAGAGACUAAAUAACGACCUGGCUGGAGAAAAUACCCACGCAGACACUAACGCACACACUACUUCGAAGGAGGAAAUGAGUGGUGCGGGAAAGAACUAUAAAAAUGCCAGUGGAGCUGCGGGCAGCAUUUCCAAUUCAUCUCCACGGAAUCACAGCUCUACCAAUGGCAGCGUGCCGCAAGGCUCAUCGACAAGUAAGAACGAGAAGAAGCAGAAAGGGGCUGGGAAGGGUCAGAAGGAUCCGGCGGAGAAUUGCAUUCCCAACAACCAGCUGGGCAAGCCAGAUGCUGUAGUACGGUUGGAGCAGGAUGUAAAGCGACUGAAGGCAGAUCUCCAGGCCAACAGGCAGCUGGAAUCCGAUCUGCGGAGUCAGCUGUCCUCUAUGAGCAGCCAGGACCGCAGCCUUCGUUCUGAACUGGGCCAGAUCCGCCAGGACAAUGAGCUGCUUCAGAACAAGCUCCACAGCGCCGUCCAGGCCAAGCAGAAAGAUAAGCAGACCAUUUCCCAGCUGGAGAAGAGGCUCAAGGCUGAGCAGGAGGCUCGGGCCCUGGCUGAGAAACAGCUGGCCGAGGAGAGGAAGAGGAAGAAGAUGGAGGAGGCCACGGCUGCCAGAGCUGUAGCAUUAGCUACUGCCACUAGAGUGGAGUCUAAUGACUCUCUUCGCGUUCGUAUCAGAGAACUAGAGACUGAGUAUAAGAAGCUCAGCUUGGACAUGAAACUUAAGGAGGAGCAGAUUAGGGACCUGGAGGGCAAGUGUCAGGAGCUGAGGAAGUACAAAGAGAAUGAGAAGGACACAGAGGUGUUGAUGUCAGCACUGUCAGCCAUGCAGGACAAGACCCAGCACCUGGAGAACAGCCUCAGUGCUGAGACCAGGAUCAAACUGGACCUCUUCUCUGCACUGGGAGAUGCCAAGAGGCAGCUGGAGAUAGCACAAGGCCAGAACCACCAGAGGGAGCAGGAGAUCGCAGAGCUGAAGCAGAAGAUAGCCGAGGUGAUGGCGGUGAUGCCGAGCCUGUCUUACUCGUCGGACAGCAGCAACCUCAGCCCCGUCACCCCGCACUACUCUUCCAAGUUCAUGGACAAUAGUCCCUCCUCCCUGGACCCCAACGCCUCAGUCUACCAGCCCCUCAAAAAGUGACUCUGACGUCCACACUUUGUGUCAGACAGAACUUUUUCUCUUUCUUUAUUUCAGUGACGUUCUCAGUUCCGGCUUUUUGUUUUUCAGUUUACCAGCCCCUCACACACACAAACAUUCACACACACACACACACACACACAAACACACACACACACACACACACACACACACACAUACACAUACACAUACACACACACACACACAGUGCACACAGCCCCUCUAUAUAUGUGUACUUGGGUGCGAUUUUGGUUCUAUUGUGAGAACUAUUAUUUUUAGGGGGUUGUGUACAAUCAGAUUCUUUUUGUUUUUACUAUUGAGUUUUGGGAUUUAGCCAUUAGACGGCAUUAUCUGUUUAAAGGGGGAGAAAGGAACAUGCAAUUUGUCGGCCAAACUUUAACUUAAGAGCCAUCAUGCAUCACGUCAUGUCAGUCUUCUUUUGCUGUACAGUUUGAAUCCCCCCCACAGCCAUACUCACUUCUAUAUUGAACUCACUCCCAGACCUUUUUAUUUGAAAACAACAAUUGGCCUCCAUGAUCGUUUAUAUAAAGACAGAAGACGUGUUUAGAUUUGUAAAGUAAAGCCAGGUGUGAGAUACAUGAAUGUAAAACUAUUCAUGUUUUGAUAUUGCCAUCUUAUCAAAUCAGUGAUUGUUUGUUUUGUAACGUUUCAGUUCAGUUACACCAAUGUACAUUUCCUAGAAGAUAGUGAUAUUGAGCAGGUACACAUUUGCUAUAUUCUUCAGAUAUUCUAGUACAAUUUUGCCCCUUAAUGCUGGAAUUUAGUAGAUUCUCCAGGAUUAUUAGUAAGUGGAUGAAGCAGAUUCCGUUUUGUCCGAAAAUAAAAUAAAAAUGCUGUUCGAUUCGAACCUGGCACUGCCAAAAGCGUUCACCUGUUUGCUGCCGAAACCUUUCCUCUCCCUCUGGUCCAAAUUAGAACCCGUUACGCCAUAUUGUCCACUGGAUUUAAUGAUGUCAAGGUAAUCAGUUGUUACCAUUAUUUGAAGAUCUUACAGUGCCUUUCAGUUUCUCUUUUUUUUUAGACGCAGAAACCACAUACCUGGGAUCUAAAAGCAUCAGACUUCAAAAUCGUCCCUUUUGUCUCUAUGGCUGUGAAUCGCCUGAUUUCUCACAAUCCCAAAAUUUCAAUUCAGUAUUCAAAAGUUAAACCAAUGAAGUGUCACCUCAGAGAAGUUCGAUCGCUUUGAGCUCAUUGAUCUUCGCAAACUUAAAAGGGAAGACCUUACUUAAGGUGCAUGUCAUUUCACAGUGACACAGUAUUGGUAUGCCAGACACCAGCCAAACCGAUUGUCUAUUAUCAUGCCCUAGUCUCGGCAUUUAGCUGUUUACAAAAAUGUACAUUAAGAUAUUGAGGAAUGUUUAUUGUUUGUUUCUUUUCCGUUCUUAAGUGCCAAGUGUUGAUGUUUGGUUUUCAUCCAUACUUUGAUCGAUGUAGCUAGCAUAAGGUUUGCAGAAGAGUGCUGUCAUUUUGUUUUGUUGUCAUUAGAACAUAUUGGGGUGGUGUUGUGUUUACAUGGUGCUGGGCUAAUCUUGAUGACGCAGAAGAUGGUCAGUCGGACCGAUUGUGUUAUUCACUCGUUUAUUUAUUUGUUCCAGACCUUUAAUUGAGAGGCACCACUUUGAUAUCUCCCAUCAUGUUCAGUUGAUUUCCCAAACGUCCACCAGGAAAGAUUCAGUGAAUGUGUUGUGUUGGGGAAACGGUUACCCCUGAACCGUUUGACCAUGUUGUGCUGUCAUGUUUCCUACCUGGGGGAGAAAAAAAAAGUAUUUUUUUGUGGAUUGCUCUGGCGUUGUGACUUCAGUUCUCGAGUUGCUUUUACAAGUUUGUGUAGAAGGAGGAAAAGUUUGAAAACAAGUGCUUUGUUUUAUUUCAUCUUUGUUCCACCAUGCUUAUUUUCUCAAAGUGAAGGUGGCUAUGUCACCUUCCUCACUUUGACCAUCACUAUUAAAGAAAGUCUUGCUGGUGGCAAUGCAAGCCGUUAA